AUGCUGGAUGAUGAUAAGCACCACAUCGAGGAAAAGCUUCGAGUGCUGGUCCGGUCCUGGGGCGUGUCCACAUUCAGCGAGCGGAUAGCGUUGCAGUGGAUCGAGCGGUCGCUGGGCUCCGACUCAGAUCGUGAAGCCUUUCGUCACCUGGGCAAGUGGAUCGUGCUUCAGCUCAACCAGCUGCGGAUUCCUGACGACUGUUCAGCGUGGCAGGUGGGGUGUCCCCAAUUGAUCCCGCUACUGCGCGCGAUACCCGUGUGGGACUGCAGUGAGUUCCCAUGGGUGCAGACGCUGGAGAGAAACUUCACGGUUAUUAAGGAGGAGCUCUUGUCGUUAAAGAACAGCGCCACGUCAGCCUUCCAACCUUAUCGAGCGCCGUCCUGGGCUAGCGAUAUCGACGCGAAGGACGGGCUGGGUAGUGCUGGCCACGACGCAGGCGACUGGAAUGUGCUGUACCUGUUCCUGCACAACGUCGACUUCCAAGCGAACCGGCAGUUGUGUCCGAAGACUGCUGCUAUUAUUGAGUCCAUUGACGGGCACUACGACCACGCGUUUUUCUCUGCACUGGCGCCACGCACCCAUGUCAAAAAGCACCAUGGUCCAACCAACAAAAAGCUUCGUUGUCAUCUGCCGCUGGUGGUUCCUGAAGGCAAAUGCCGACUUCGUGCAGGUGACGAAGUGGUGGACGUGCAAGAAGGAAAGUGUUUUAUCUUUGACGACUCGUUUGAACAUGAAGCGUGGAACGACAAUGGCAGCCGUAGCCGGAUAGUUCUUAUCAUCGACGUGUGGCAUCCCGAUCUGAGUGCUCAGGAGAGGAAGUUCCUCGGCUUCCUGCGAAAUGCGCAAUUGCGAAUGGACAAGAAUAUGUGCCAGAACUCUGGCGACAAUUUCUAUUCCAUUAUCAAAGAGGCUGGAGAGGCCAACGCCUCUCGUCACGAAGCCGUGUGGAGCUAACUCUCGAAGUAGCCCAUCGUCAUAACUCAGUUCUAUCCACACUUCAGGACAAUAAUACGGAUCUACAACUCUCG